AUGACCGCCGACGCUGAAUCGCGACGUGCAAAGAAGCGCCAAACAGACAGGAAUGCGCAACGACAGCAUCGGAAGCGUCAGAAGCAGUACAUUGAAGGACUUGAGGCUCAAAUAUCUCUUCUUAAGUCAGCCGACAAGACUGAAGCCUCGCAGCUUGCAGCCCAGAACUUGCAAUUACAAGAUGAGCUCCAACAAAUGCGUGGUCUCUGGGACGAGAUGGAAAGCAUACUACAACGCCAACGGGACCUAAGAUCAAGCUCGAUACUCAAUGCGCCAUUGGCAUUUGCUGUAAGGUCUUCGAGCUUCAGCGACACCACACGAGUGCGCCCUACAGUGCCACCGGCACCUGCAGUCGUGGAUGACCACUUGCAAUCCACCAGGCUUUCUGAUCUGGAUGGACUUAUGCUUCAUAACACAUCGUCGAGCCACGAUCUAACAAACGAUCUGAUCCGUUGCGACACCUUGGAUCUUCAUGAUGGCUCCCAGCUACUAAACACAGACGGUAAUGAGAUGGAUGCGAUUCUGGGAGACGACUUUCAGCUGGCCAGUAUGGAUCAUUCAGACGAAAGCGACAGGGCCAUGACCGAACUUACUCACUCGCAAUCCCUCACUGUCAGGAAUAAACACACAGACCACUUCUCUACAAUGGACUCAUCGCAGAUGCAGACGCCUCGGGGGCAUGAAUCUGACUCCGCAAUAACGAUGAGAUGGAUAGCCAGCCCAAGUCAUCUUUUCCGGGACGAUGACGACAUCGAUCACUUCCCAGAAGUAGAGGACAGCUCAUCGCAUCAGCACGAAAAGCAGCGUACCCCAGAUCCUCUCGACGGCUUCACAGAGUUAUUCGAUGCGUGCAUGAAGCACAACCUCCCCGCCUUCCGCUCAAACAUGCCCAUGCUGAUGUUUUCAUCCGCUGCAAAAGACGUACUAUUACAUGAGAUGAUACAGCGUGCUAGCCAGAACCCAGAGUCCAUCGGUCCACCAGUCCUGAUUGACUUUCUCGUUGAUAAUAAGCAGAAUUCGCUGUCGGCUGAUCUGAAGGUGUAUCUGGAACCGGUGCGGAAAACACGGCGGACGUCAGAGUAUCUCGCCACUUAUUGGGUUCUGUAUCUCUUAUUGAGGUGGCAAAUUGUUCGUAGUGAAGAUGCCUACCAUAGCUUACCUCCUUGGCUUCGCCCUACACCCUUGCAGCUCAUCGUUCAUCACCCAAUGGCAGCUGAUCUCAUAGCAUGGCCCGCGAUAAGAGAGGGUCUCGUUCAAAUGUCCAUGUCAGAUCCCGAUCGUGUAUAUGAUGUUUCUACAGAUAUUGGGAAAUAUCUCACCGUCGAAAUCUCAACUUCUGAGUCUGAUUUAGUACAUGACCCGCAGCAGCUCGUCUCCAAGAUUUUGGAUCUGAACAAUUGGAAGCUGGAUAAGGAAUUCUUUAAUCGUUAUCCGCAAUGGAAGGGCAACACGAUCUGA